ACAUUCCCUCUUCAACUCUUCCUCAAAAUUUUCACAUCACAUUUCCUCUUCUCCAUUUCCAACAGUGUAAGUACAGAAAGUCCGAAGUACUUAAUGAGGAUGAGAUGAACAUGACAUGAUCAAAGACAAAAUACCAAGGAUUGUCAGAUUUUUCACCGGCGACUGCGAGCUCUGUCACCGUCGGAAUCUUCACCGUCAGCUGUCCUUAUUUUCGUGAUCUUCUCCCUGCUCAAGCAGCCUUUGACAUGGCAAAUAUGGAAGAGUUACACAUGGCUGCUUCAGCUUACUAUAGUAAUGCCUCCGAUGAACUUAGGCAACGAGCAACAGAGUUCUUCAAUUCAAUGGAUACGAAUGGCGAUGGGGGAGUUAGCUUCAAUGAGUUCGUCCAAUUCUUCGUUCAAAACGGAUACAACAGGGGCGAUCCCAAUUUUUUCCGUAGUUUGGACCGCAAUGGAGAUGGGUUCUUGGAUUUCCUUGAAGUCCUCACGUUUUACUACAUCUUCAAAACCAGGGGUGUGUGGUGUAAGUACUGUGGAGUUUACCUAACGGGACUGUAUUUCACGUGCGUUGCAUGCUUUGACAAUGCUAGAGGUAACACCUACGACCUUUGUUCUAAGUGCUAUGGGGAACGGAGGCACCAGCAGCAUCAUUACCACCAUAACUACUUCUUGGAUAGCUACGUCUUGCUCCGGGCCAAGGCAGGCCUCCCUGCAGGUGCCCAAAAUCUUCAACAGGCACUAGUUCCAUCACGUCCUCCAAAUACACCACGACAGAGGUGGACACCAUUUCAAUUACUGGAGAUGACUGUUAGUGCUGGGUAUUUGGCUUCUCAAUUUGGUUGUAGCAUCAUGUGAUGGUUUAUUUGGAAAUUUGAGGUGGACAAGGAUUGGCACGCACGAUGCAGGAGUCAACAUGGCUAACAGAAGAUUAUAUGUCUUCUUUCUUUGCAUUUAUUUUUCACUCCGCUAUUUCUUUUUUAACAACUCAUCAAAUAUUUAUUCUUGCUUUGGUUUUCCUAAUGAGUGUUAAACUAGUUUACAUGAUAUAUUUUUUUAAGAAGUGUUUGGUCUGUAAUAUUUUCAUAACAAAAUUCUAGGCAUCAAAUUAUUUAUGGUUUUAAUUUGAAUCUACCAUUCUGAAUAA